AUGUCAUACAAGCUAGCCAUAUCCUCCAUGUCCCUCGGCCGGGGCGUCGCCGGCCACGACCUCCAGGACAAGCUCGACAUGGCGGCCAAGUACGGGUACGAGGGGGUCGAGAUCUUCUACGAGGACCUGGCCGACCAGGCCCGGCGCUGGGCCGAGGAGGACGGCAGCCCGCCCGACCUGCUCGCCGCGGCCCGGUGCGUGCGCGGCCUGUGCGACGAGCGGGGGCUCAAGGUGAUCUGCCUGCAGCCCUUUGCGCAGUUCGAGGGCCUGCUCGACCGCGCCGAGCACGCGCGCCGCCUGCGCGAGCUGGCCGCCUGGCUCGACCUCGCGCGCGCGCUGGGCACCGACCUCGUCGCCCUGGCCUCGAGCUUCCUGCCCGCGGGCCAGGUGUCGGACAGCCUGGGCCUCAUCGUCGCCGACCUGCGCGAGGCGGCGGACCUGGCGGCCGGGGCCGGGGUGCGCCUGUCGUACGAGAGCCUGUGCUGGGGCACGCGCGUCGACGACUGGGAGGCCUGCUACGACGUCGUGUGCAAGGUCGACCGGCCCAACUUCGGCAUGUGCCUCGACACGUUCAACAUCGCGGGCCGGCUGUACGCCGACCCGACGAGCCCGACGGGCAAGCUGCCGCACGCCGACGAGGCCGUCCGGCGGUCCAUGGCGCGGCUCAUCGGCCGCGUCGACGCCGACAAGGUCUUUUACGUGCAGGUCGUCGACGCCGAGCGCCUGGCCAGCCCGCUGACGCCCUCGCACCCGUUCCACCAGCCGGGCCUGCCGGCGCGCAUGAGCUGGUCGCGCAACUGCCGGCUGUUCUACGGCGAGGAGGACCGGGGCGCCUUCCUGCCCGUGCGCGGCAUCGCGUGGGCGUGCCUCCGCGGCAUCGGGUACGAGGGGUGGGUCAGCAUGGAGCUGUACAACCGGCGCAUGGGGGACGCGGACCGCGGCGUGCCCGAGGAGCUGGCGCGCCGGGGCGCCGUGGCGUGGGAGAAGCUCGUCGCCGACAUGCGGGUGCCCGACUACCAGUACGACAGCAGCCUCCGGUCCACGCCCGAGUCGCCCUGA